AUGGCUAACACUGUCCCGCCUCCAUCACCAGCCUCCAAACUUUGCCGAAUCAUAGCUGUAGUCAUCCUAGCCUUAAUUGUCCUUUUCGGUCUAGCAGUCCUCAUCACUUGGCUAAUAAUCAAGCCUAAACAGCUUGUUUACAGAAUUGACAGUGCCUCAGUCCACCAGUUCAACCAAAACAAUAACCACCUGAAUGCCACAUUUGAUUUCAUCGUAAAAGCUCAUAACCCUAAUGGCAAAAUCUCUGUAUACUAUGAUUCUAUUGAAGUUUCUGCAUCCUAUGAGGGUCAAACCAUUGCGUUCAACACCCUCGAGCCUUUCUAUCAACCGCAUAGAAACGUGACUCGGCUAGAUGCCGCGCUUGUGGCUCGCGACGUGGCGUUGUCAGAGGCUUUGUCUAGAGACUUAAAGCAGCAAAGAACGUCAGGAGACAUUGGAUUAGAUGUCAGAAUUAAGGCAAGAAUUCGGUUUAAGGUAGGAAUAAUCAAGUUGAAGCAUCGCACGUUAAGGAUUUCAUGCUCUCCAGUGAAAGUGCAUAUGUCUUCCUUAAAAAGUUUGGAGACUACUUCUUGUGACUUGGAUUGGUAA